AUGAUCGCCAAGAUCCUUGUUCUCCUGUGCGUGGUGGCGUUGGGAAGCUGUGGCUACCCUCUUGGUGUUGAUGAGGCCAAGGUGAGCGUGCACCAGGAUGACCAGCAUUUCGCCUAUCGAGUCGAUGAGACCAACGUGAAGAAGCAUGCCUACGUCCACCCUGUUGCAUACGCCGACCAUGCUCCUUUCGUCCACGGCGCACCUUACGGCUAUGGCGUCGGUCAUGUCAAGUCCUACGGUUACGCUGCCCCAGCACCUAUUGUUCAUGGUUACCAUCACUAUCGUGCACCUUACGCCUUCUCAUAUGGAUACGGUGGAGUGACUCCCGCCAUCCGUGGUCUCGGUUAUCAUCACGGUUACAUUCAUUAAAGUAUGGUCUCUUGUGCCAUUCCCGACACCACUGGGCUUUCACCUUUCAAAUAAACAGUAUUUUCUUCAUUCUUCCUUCCGUUUCAUUUCUUUCCCCAUUUGUUUCCUGAUGACACUGUCCACUUGGACAAUAAAUACCAGUUGAAAAGGUU